GUUAUAAGAAUUAGAUCCUCUUGCAAUGGAUAAUUUACCAGAUCAGUUGGUUUGGGAGAUUUUGAGCAGAGUCAACAAAACUGUAGAUAGAAAUGCUGCUUCAUUAGUAUGUAAGCGUUUAUACGAAUUAGAUAACGAACAGAGACUAUCUCUUCGAUUUGGUUGCGGAUUAGACCCGGCUAACCAAGCUCUUACUUCCCUUUGCAAUCGAUUUCCAAAUUUAGUAAAAGUAGAAAUAACUUACUCGGGUUGGAUGUCGAAGUUAGGAAAGCAGUUAGAUGAUUACGGACUUUUUGUUCUUGCUAAUAACUGCCCGUCUUUGUCCGAUCUUGCACUAUGCUAUUGUACGUUCAUAACCGAUGUGGGGCUUCGUUACUUGGCUUCUUGCUCCAAGCUUUCAGGGUUGGUGUUGAAUUUUACUCCAAGAAUCACCGGUUGUGGUAUAUUAUCUCUCGUUGUGGGUUGCAAAAAUCUGACGAUUCUCCACCUUAACCGAUGUAUCAAUGUUACGAGUGUUGAAUGGCUGGAGUAUCUUGGAAAACUUGAGACACUUGAGGACCUGUCGAUUAAGAAUUGUAGAGUUAUUGGAGAGGGUGACUUGAUAAAGCUAGGAUGUAGCUGGCGAAUGCUAAAAAGAUUACAGUUCGAGGUAGAUGCUAAUUAUAGAUAUAUGAAGGUUUAUGAUCGAUUAGCUGUGGAUCGAUGGCAAAAUCAAUUGGUGCCGUGUGAAUCUUUGUUGGAACUUAGUUUAGUAAAUUGUAUCAUCAGUCCGGGGAGAGGACUUGCUUGUAUAUUAGGAAAGUGCAAGAAUUUGGAAAAGAUUCACUUAGAUAUGUGUGUCGGGUUGAGAGACUGUGAUAUCAUAGGCUUCGCGAAAACAUCGCGAAAUCUUCGUUCAAUUUCCGUCCGAGUACCCUCUGAUUUAUCGUUGCCGCUUCUGCUGAACAACCCUUUGAGAUUAACAGAUGAAAGCCUCAAAGCAAUAGCUCAGAAUUGUCCGAUGCUUGAAUCUGUUCGGAUAUCUUUUUCCGAUGGAGAGUUUCCUUCAUUUUCAUCGUUUACCUUAAAUGGAAUACUCUCGUUGAUUCAGAUGUGCCCGAUUAGGGAACUUGCGCUCGAUCAUGUGUAUUCCUUCGGUGACAAUGGGAUGGAAGCUCUUUGUUCUGCUAUGUAUCUUGAAAGCUUGGAGCUUGUCAAAUGCCAAGAAAUCAGCGACGAGGGGUUACAGUUUGUAGGUCAGUUUCCUCGGUUGUGCAUUUUACGGUUACGGAAGUGUUUGGGAGUUACAGAUGUCGGGUUAAAACCUCUUAUCGGAUCGUACAAAUUGGAAUUCUUGACGGUUGAAGAUUGUCCUCAAAUUUCUGAAAGGGGUGUUCAAGGAGCUGCAAGAUCCGUGUCAUUCCGGCAAGAUUUGUCAUGGAUGUAUUGAGCUCUGUACUGUACUAAAAACCUUAUUCUUUAGUUUAAUCUUUCAUCCAUCUCUGUGAUUUGUUGUAAACGGUUGAUUGUAAAUUGUAAUGUAAAUAAAUGCUGUCAAUAACCCUAUUUAUUUAUUGAAAUAAAAUUUGUAGAUUAAGUUA